GCGAGCGAGAGAGGAGGCCAGAGAGAUUUGUCGCGAUCUCUCGUCUCGCGAUCAUUAUUCCCUGGCGGUCGCCGGCUCCCGGCAGAGCGGCACGCUGGGCAGCUAAAGGCGCCCUCGGCAAGGGGUGGGAUAGGAGGGAGCGACGCGCGUCGUCCCCCUAGAGGCGAGGGAGAACCGCCCCCCGCAGCUCGGAGGACCUCCACUCCCCUGGAGCCGCCGGGGAGGAGCGGCGCGCGCCCGCUGUGCCUCGCCCUCAUUGGGGGAGGCGCUCCUUCCCACUCCUCCUGGUGGCAGCGGCCCGCCAAGCGACGGCACGGCGAGCCAACGUCCUGCGGCUGCUGCUGGGACGCGCCUUUGGCGAACAGGCGCCGCCUUCAAAACGGCGCCAGACAUGGAGGAGAGAGAAGAGAGGGAAAGAGUGCGAGGGGCGAGCGAGAGGGAACGAGAGAGGGAGAGGGACCAUAAAAAAGAUGCGUCAGCAAGACUGCAAUACACUGUCCCGCCCAAAGCCACCUUCUUAUAAAUCCCUACAAGCAUUCCUUUUCACUGCAAAACGCCUGGCCCGUCUCACCGACACGCCUGUGGGUGCGACAGGGGGGGAGCCAUAUGCAAGGGGAGAAAGGAGGAGCAGCAGCAGCAAGAGGAAGAGGAGGAGGAAGGAGAAGGAGGAGGAAGACUCGGCGCGGGAGCCCAGCAGCGAAGGCCCCAGCGGCUCACAGGAAGUAGUCCGGAGAGCGCUUCUGCCCGCUCUCCGGCGGCGGCUCCUUCUGCAGGGGCGGCGGGUCGAACUGCAGGAACGUGGCACUUCAGGUGCUCGUCGAUCUCCAUGACCGCGGCCUGGUUCCCGCACCGGUAGCAGUAGUUGGGCGCGGAGAAGAUGGUCACGGUGUUGCGGUCGUGGCCCCAGCUAUACCCCUCCAUGACGAGCUGGUGCGCACGGGCGAUGAGCUUGAGCCCGUUGGCGUGAUUGAACUGCUCCGAGAUGUCCUGCCCGAACGUGUAGCCGGCACCGCGCGGAGAGAUGCCCCAACCCCACACCUGUCGUCAGGAUCCGACCAGAGCAGGUCGCACAUGGGCCCCUCGUGGGGCACCUCCUGAAUUCGGUCGAGCUGCCGGAUGUUGUCCAGAGAGUCAAGCGAGGGCGAUAAUCCUCCGUGCAUCACUCCGGAUAAUUUGGUUCUCGAUGACUGCCGUGACCGGCAGGUAAUCGAAAGUGUCCGUGAACAUCUUCCACACGUCCGCGGUGCUGUACGUCUGCAUACAUUCGUCAAAGAAGCCGUACACCUGUGUGAUCUGCCUGCUCUCGUGAUUUCCGCGCAGUAUCGUGAAGCGCUCCUUCCAGCGCGUCUUGUACAGGAACAUGAGCGACACGGUCUUGACCGAAUAGUACCCGCGGUCGACGUAAUCGCCGAAGAACAAAUAAUUCGUCUCUGGGGGACUGCCGCCAAUACGGAAGAGCUCCUUCAGGUCCAGGAACUGGCCGUGGAUGUCCCCGCACACCGUCACAGGGCACCUCACU